AGCAAUUUUGUUCUCGGGAAUGCACAGGUGGAGAGGGAUUACCCAAUUGUUUAUUGUUCGGAUGGCUUCUGUGAGCUAACGGGGUUUGCAAGGGCAGAAGUCAUGCAAAAGAGUUGUGCUUGCAAAUUUCUCUAUGGGCCUGAUACAACGAUAGAGAAAAUAACGUUGAUAGAGAAUUCUCUGGAAAACAGAGAAGAACUCAAAACCGAAGCACUCUUCAGGAAGAAAGACUUAACCCCAUUCUGGUGCCUUCUAGACAUAGUGCCGAUCAAAAAUGAGAAAGGAGAAGUGGUACUCUAUCUUGCGUCCCACAAGGACAUCACCAAAACAAAGAUGGCCUCCAUGGACGAAGAUAAAGACUACGACGAAGAAGAUUCUGAGAAUAACUACCUCAAUGACCUUCCGUCAAACUAUAACUACAAUCGAAGGAGAAGCCGUGCGGUGCUCUAUCACCUCUCAGGCCAUCUUAAAGAACAAGAGAAAAAGAAAAAGAGAAGAAAGCUUAAACUCAACAGUGGCCUGCUAUCCCCUAAAUCGACAGUACUACCAGAGUAUAAAGUGGCCGCCAUGAAGAAAUCGCGAGCCAUCGUACUCCAUUAUAGCAUAAUGAAAUCCGUAUGGGACUGGUGUGUGUUACUAGCUACGCUCUAUAUUGCCAUUGUCGUGCCAUUUAAUGCAGCCGUGCAUCAAGAGAAUGAAUUAGUUAUUACCAUUCUCGAUAUCAUCAUCGAGAUCAUUUUCAUCAUAGAUGUUGCGAUCAACUUCCGAACAACUUAUGUAAGUAAAUCGGGUAAAGUGGUGUACGAAGCGAGAGCUAUAGGGCUCAACUAUCUACGUAGUUGGUUCUUCAUAGACCUGUUAGCUGCUGUUCCGUUUGAUAUACUUACUCAGAUAUUCUCAUUAAAGUUGGAUACAAUUCAACUCAUCAAGUUAGCUAGAUUACUCCGUCUUCUUCGAUUGCUCAACAAGAUUGAGCGAUACUCUCAGUACAGUGCUAUCGUUCUUACAUUCUUCAUGCUCGCUUUUGCACUGCUUGCCCAUUGGCUUGCUUGUAUCUGGUUUGUCAUUGGUCGAAUGGAGCUUAAUAAAAACGACGAUGGAUGGGACUUAGGAUGGAUCGUAGACUUAGGAGACCAACUUAAGAUGCCUAUUUUAGGGGUGAACAGUACUGGUCCGAGGAACGAUAGUAUAUACAUCACAGCACUGUACUACACGUUGAGUAGUCUUACCAGUGUAGGCUUUGGCAACGUAUCUGCCAACACCAACACAGAGAAGAUUUUCACUAUUCUCGUUAUGUUUCUCGGAGCUCUGUGCCACGCUGCGGUUUUCGGUAACGUCACAGCGAUCAUCCAGCGCAUGUACUCUCGACGCGCUCUCUACUAUACCAAACUACGAGACCUGAAAGAUUUCGUACGCUCCCACCACAUUCCGCCAGCCUUAAAGACCCGGAUGCAGGAAUAUUUUAUGACCUCGUGGUCAAUAAACAUGGGUAUCGAUACAACAGAGAUGCUGCAGACAUUCCCUGAGGAGCUACGAGCCGAUAUUGCUAUGCACCUUCACAAAGAAUUCCUAGCUCUUCCUAUAUUUGCUGAUGCCAGCCAAGGAUGCCUACGAUCACUCUCGUUGCGGAUCAAGACAAGUUUCUGUGCACCUGGUGAAUAUAUUGUCCACCAAGGAGACGCCCUCAACGUCAUAUACUUCUUGUUAAACGGGUCAAUGGAAAUUCUCCGUCACGGGAUGGUCGUUGCUAUUUUAGGUAAGGGUGAUCUGUUCGGAUGUGACCUUUACAUCACUGAUACAGUCAUCCAAUCAAGUGGCGACAUCCAUGCCCUGACUUACUGUGACCUUCAGUCUGUAACCAGGCAAGAACUCUUAGAAGUAUUGGCUAGUUAUCCAGAAUACCAAUCAAAAUUCCAGCAAGAAAUAUCUCGCGAUUUGACGUUUAAUCUUCGGGAAGGUUAUGAUUCGGAGGCAGAAGAAAAGUAUUCGUACUGCGAAACGAACAACAGCGGGCGCAAUACGAGAUUAACAUCGAUCUCUGAAGUCCGUGACGAAGACGAAGUCGGAACAUCGAAACAGACUCGAGAUUCAUCGACUGAUACGGGAGAAGAUGGCAUGGAGAACAGACAUAUGUUACUCGAUGUUAGCAACUCGAUAGCCACAUCUGUGCCACCGGAUCUUAGUCCAAGGGUCGUCGACGGUGUAGAAGACGAAGGCAGUCCUUUUAAACGGCAUACCUUUGACUUCCCAGCAGCUCGAAGUAAUGUCCAUUCGGCAGCAUCAAGGCAUCGCAGUUUAACCUUAACUCCUCGUCAGCCAUUAGUUGGUGAAAGCCGUAUGAGAACCAGCUACACAGCCCCACAGUUAUCCCAAGAUCAUACAACGAGAUCAAAUUCAUCCGAUUCCCUUUAUCAAGAAGAUCUUAGGCAUGAACUUGAGUACACCAGAAACAGUGUGGAACGUCUUGACAAACAGGUAUCCAACCUGAGCAGAGAUGUUUCCAACCUGAGCCAAGACUUGAGGGCGGUUGUCAAGCUGCUUCAGGUCAUAAGCCCAAUGGCAUCAUCAUCACAAAAUCAGGCUUCAAAUGUAGCAGCAGCAGUAGUCUCGUCGGGUCUCAACGGUCCAGCCACGCCAGGUCUUCCCGCCCCUCCUGCGCCAUGUGUAAUGACAGUCAAAAUCGGUCAAGGUGGCGAAGAGGACAUCAUCCAUGUUCAAAGACAAGAUGGUGUGUUAGAAACCAGUCUUGGUGGAGGAAUCCCAGAGCUCCCACCAGGAACCAUGGGACCAACGGUAGCAGCCCUGACGUCCGCAGUGAUGGCAUCUGCCACUAGCAACAGUGCUUGUUCGACACUCGAACGUCCUAGAAAAAGAACGAAUAGCAGUGAUACAGCGAAAGACGAAGAAGGUGCUUCUGGGACUAGCGUAAAAGAAACAAAUCUUGUCCUAUUUCAAGGACCUGACGAAAAUUUGACUGAAUCAGAGAGUCUGGAGAGAUUAGACUAUGACUCGGAAAAUGGAACAGAUUUGUGAACUUAUUCCUUAUCGACAAUACAGUACCUAGGGAAAAUACUUUCAUCAAAUCAUUCCUUGCUCACUCAUGACUUCAAUUUUAUGUUCCACAAAUCUUCAUUUAUGUACCUCGACUUUAAUCUACGCAAAAGAGACAGUGUCGUUUCAUACAUUUUGAUGUGUUUUGCUCUGCGAGAAAUCGUAUGAAAUAUAAAAUAUUAUAAGACUUGUUGAUUUUUCAAGAGGUUUUGCACAUUUUUACAUUGUUUUCUAUACCGAGUAGAUAGAUAUUUUGUAAUGAAAUCAUAUUGAGACAUUUAUGAUGUUAUUGCAUCAUUGUACUAAUUGCGUUUAAAUGUUCGAGGCUGAAGCUUCAAUAGUUAUAACAGCAUUACUCUUUAUAUCGCACAACAUCGUAUUCCGUGCACUAACAUUUGUUAUGUGGCGUUUCAAAUCGUUUACUAGGGUUACUUUAUUCAAUGUGAUAUACAAAUUUACCAACCUUGUGCAUUCUCUCCACAAAAAAACAUCAUUCAUUAUCUUCAUUUUUGUCUCACCUGCAUAGCAGAGUGUGACUAUAGGCGCCGCUUUUCCGACUGCGGCGGCGACGGCGGUGUCAACAUCAAAUCUUAACCGAAGGUUAAGUUUUUGAAAUGACAGCAUAUCUUCGAAAGUGUAUGUACCUAGUUCAUGAAACUUAAACAUAAGGUUAAUCAAGUAUUACUAAAAAUCCUGCCAGAGUUUCAGGUCACAUGACCAAGGUCAAAGGUCAUUUAUGGUCAAUGAACUUUGGCUACGUUGGGGGUAUUUAUUGAAUUUCCAUCAUAACUUCGAAAGUUUAUGGAUCUGAUUCAUAAAACUUUGACAUAAGAGUAAUCAAGUAUCACUGGACAUCCUGUGCAGGCUUUAAGUCACAUGACCAAGGUCAAAGGUCAAUGAACUUUGGCCAUGUUGGGGGAAUUGUUGAAUAACCAUCAUAACUCCGAAAGCGUUCGAAUCUAGUUCAUACAACUUGAUCAUAAGAGUAAUCAAGUAUCACUGAACAUCUCAUGCGAGUUUCAGGUCACAUGACCAAAGUCAAAGGUUAUUUAAGGUCAAUUAACUUUGGCCAUUUUGGAGGUAACUCUUAGAUUGCUGUCAUAACUUCCAAAGUUUAUAGAUAUAGUUUAUAAAAUGUGGAAAUAUGGGUAAUCAAGUAUCACUGAUUAGUCUUAGGUCGCAUGUUCCAGGUCAACUGUCAUUCAUUGUCAUUGAACAUAUUAUUGUAUCAUUAUAUGAACUGUGUUUUUGUGAAUAAUUAUGUUAUAGUAGUUUUCAAAGUCAGCACUGCUGCUAUAUUGAAUCGCGUGAUGCAGGUGAGACUGCCAGAGGUGCUCCACUUGUUUAGGGUUAACAGGCAAUAGCUAGAGUAUGUAGACUGGAAUCCACUUUUCUUAAAGUCCAUUCUCUUUGUUCAUGUAGCAGAUUAUCAAAAUGAUGAAAUCAUAGACCUAUGCAUCUGAAGUCAGUUUAUAGUGAACAAGUACAUUAUAUCAAACAAGAACUUGCUUACAACACCGAAUGUGAGGCAAAGCUUGUGUUUGGAUUAAUGUCAGUUCGAUGUUGAUUUAUCAAUGACGUCUAUAGUAUAGUUAUUUUUAAUCUGUAUAGUCGGUUCACACCAAUAACAAUAUGGAGCUUACGUUUCACAUGGGGAGCGUUUCAUCGAUAUUUUCGUCUGACAAAUUGUCAGAUCUGACAUAUUUCAUUGAUUUUGAUUGGCUGAGAAGCACAGUUCCUAUGGCAACUGUCGGAUAAUACGUCUGCCAAGUCAUUUCAUGAAAUCCUCCACUGAAGUCAAAAUAGCGCCAUCACAGUUGUCGCUCAGCAUAUUUGGAGAACGGUUUUGAAAUUAUUGGUGACUGGAGAUGGACUAGCGCAUAAAUAGAUAAAUAUGAAAAAAUAAAUGAACGAAUCGAUAAACGAAUGAAAAAUAAACUGUCAAGAAGGUACCGCGGAAUGAAUGAAAUGUCUAAAGCUCACUACUUGACCCAACAUAAUGUUUUCCAAAUUUCAAUGAAAUCACUUUAAAAAAAUGAAAGAUUUAAACUGUAACUCUUCUUCUUCUUUUUCUUUUUCUUCUUUUUCUUCUUCCUCUUCUUAUUCUUCAUCAUCUGCUUAUUCGUUUCUCGUUUAGCAGUAUACUUUUCAAGAUACACGUCUUUCUUGCAAUUUAAAAAAGAGACCCUGCAAACAUCUUGAAAAAUAUGGAAUGUUGAUGAAAUGAGAUGUGCGUGAACUAGAGGAUCCAUGACAUUUGCUCCGGCGACAAUUGCUCCGAUGGAAAAUCUGCACGUAAAGUCUAACAUAAUAAUAACCUAAUCUCCGAAAAUAAAUAAACCCUUAUCCUUAUCUUUACAUUAUUCUGAGAUAAAAAUUAUAUUGCAAUCCUAAUUCUAACCGUAUGCCUGCUGAGAAAAAAAGGCUAGAGCAAAUGUCGUGUCACCGAACUGGUUCUGGUAGGUCGUGGUAUUUAUCGCUUCUUCGUCGCUCAGGGAGAAAUUCGGGUAUACAUUGAAUGAACAAAUUUUAAUUUUGAAAAAAAAGUAGUGGAGUUGUUACAUAUUGUACCAGCCUUUCAUAUAUGUUUUCCUUCGAAUUUUCUUCAUAUACAUCUUAUUGAAAGUUGGUACUAACUUUGAACAGUAUACUCAGUGUAUUUACAUUAUAUCACUCUCAACGUAUCAGUUAGGCUUAUUUUCACAUAAACGUAAUUCAUUAAGUUCAGCAGUAAAUUUAACUGUUUUAUCUAUAACUUAUUUUGGAUAAUGAUCGCGUGUGUAAGGAUAGCUCAAUGUGAAUAAAUUACAUCUGAAAUAAAGAUAGUCCCAUCCCUUCUUACUCCAUGUCAAUAUAUUACGUAUUAAAAGUUAUGACGUAAUAUUUAAGGCGCUGGCCAUCAAGAAGCGAGGAGUCUGAUAUUAAAGCAAAGUAUUUUCCAAAAUACAGUUCAGUCUUUUUUUUUAAGAAAGUGAAAUGUACAUCCGAACAACAAUGACCCAAAUCACAAAAUUGAAACUGUUGGGUAAGCUAAAGCAUGUUCCAAGGAUGUAUAAGACUUAUACCGGUAGAUUUAUAAAUGACAAAUAACAAAUAGAAGUAGUGCAUGGAGUACACAAUUACGAGACGCAAAUGAGUAUACUUAUGUAUUUAUUGUUUAAGGAUUCAGCAGCACAGACGUCAUAUAAGGAAACAGAGGAUUCAACAUGAGAAUAAACUGAGUCAGGAAAUAUAAUUUGUAUUUACUUUAUUCAUGUUAAGAGGGACGGCAAAACUACAUUUGAUGUGUAAGGUUGAGGGUUCAUACAAUGGAUUUUGACAAUAUUUUUGAGGGUUUACGUUUCACACAAUGUCGACGCGGUCCUUUGCAUUUUUUACAUUAAUUAUUCAUUCAUUCAUUCAUUUAUUUAUUCAUUUUUCCAACAAAAUUUAUAAUGCAAUAAUUACAAUAAAUAAAAUAUAACAGCAGAAAAUAUAAAUGACAUAAAUAUUCAAAUGAACCAACU